GCGCGAACAGCGUACCAGGCUUAACUUUAAACAUAAAAAUAUCCCUAAGCAACAAGCUUUCAAUUUCCAAUCUUAGCUUUCAUUUGCAAGAAAAUUAAUCAUAUUUCUUUAAGUCGUCACAAUUCCUUCUGUAUAAACACUCAUUCAUUUCAGUCAGAGUUAUUUGAUGGAAACUAUAGCAAACAAAAAAAUGUUAGGUUUAAACCUACUGUCAAGGCUAGAUUGGGAACUCAGCCCUUACGUCAUACAGCAAUUAUUAUUAUUGGAGAUAAGAACAUCUGUUUAACACAACGCGCAUGUUAUUUAUUUUGUUAACAAGAUUUAUAACCAGUGCGCAUUAGAUGAUAUACUUAUAUUUACGUAGAUUGACACAAAGUACAAGAUACAAAACAUGGUUGUGCCAAAAAAUAUUUAAGUGAGUCUUGGACGAAUAUCAGGUAUUUCGCAUGGAAUUUAAUAACUCACAAAAACAUUCCAAUCAAACAAAAAUAAUUAUCUAUGAUUGAUCUUGUUACUGUCUCCCCUCUUUCACAAAUAAAAAAAAAAACUGCGGUAUAAAAGCCAAUGUAACUGAAGAAGCUAUAGUCAAAAAUAAACCUUCACACUAUACCAAUAUGAUUUGGGCUCAAACAAUUCUACUGCUUGUACUAGGAGUACUUGUGGCUGGUUCUUGGCAAAAUGUCCAAGGUGAAAAGUCAUUCAAUUUGAAAAUUAGAAACUCAACACAUGGUAGACCGGGAAAUAAAACCCAUUACUAUUCAGUUGACAGGCCAGCAUUAGUUGAUAACGCCCUCUAUAUGAAGUUUGCCUGUCAAGGCAAGCAAAAUGGCUUCCGUUUGCCAAUUGAAGGCAGUUGUACACAGUAUCUAGAGUGCCAAAGAGGCUCACCCAAAGUGAUGACCUGUAACAACGGCAAACAUUUUAGUGUCCUCGGUUUGGCAUGUAUCGAUGCCAAACUGUCAAAGUGUCAUGUCAAAUGCGAAUGCUGUGGCAAAGCCGAUGGCAUCUAUCCAGAUGUCAAGAAUUGCUCAAAUUUCAUUGUUUGUAUCAAAGAGAAAGCACAUCAACAAAGUUGUGGAGAAAUAUUCAAGUUCAAUGCUGACAAGCUAAUGUGUGACAUUCCGCAACGCACCAAGUGUCAUACUGUAAUGUCAAACAGUACUCAUUCUCUCGAACGUCAGGUUAUACCAUUGCCAAAAAUUUACAAAACUCCCAUGUACUUGACAUCCUAUAAGGUUUGCCAUAACAAAUCAAAUGGAUACACUGUUGGCGUUGCAGGAAGCUGCAAUAAAUUUUACUUGUGUAUCAAUGGCAAAGGAUAUUUAAAAUCUUGUGGAAGUAUGCAAUUCAAUGCCGAGGCACACUAUUGCGAUGCAAAAACUCGUAUUCACUGUCCAGAGUUUAGUGAAAGUGAUUUAAUUUUGGAAAGUGACGAAAAUCCUCAAGUAAUACCCGAAGUACCUGAAACUAUUGACGAUUUACAGCCCCCACACAGAGAACCGGGAAAGCCCUUUCCACAGGAACAGGUUCCAAAUGAAAUUCCACUUGAACCUCCAGUAGUCGGUUAUCCAGAUCAGCCUUAUAUGCCAAACCAUCCGGAAAGACCACCAAAUCACCAGGGCCAUAAUGAAAUUCCCAAACCACCAGUUGCAAUUGAGCCAGUGCCCCCAACUAUUUUUGUACCCGAUGUAGAAGAAGUCAUUGACCCCAAGAAAUAUGCUGGUCUUUGUGCUAAUCAAUCAGUUGGAGCACUUAUUGCAAUGCCGCAACAUUGUAACAAAUACAUUCGUUGUAGGUGGGAUUGGUAUGAGAGGCGUGUAGCUGUUCUGGAAUCAUGUCCCAAAAACAAGCAUUUCAAUGCUAAAUCAAAGAUGUGUGACGUCCCGCAAAAAGCUGGUUGCGCACUUAUUUUGAAUUAGAAACAUUUUUUAUUUGGUUAUUUUAUUUGCA